UUAGGCGUGUUGGCGGCGGCGUGCGUUGGACCCGCCUUUUCCUCAGCCGCCUGUCCAAGAUGGCGGAAUACGAUCUGACUAACCGGAUCGCGAAUUUCUUGGACCGGCACCUGGUCUUUCCGCUCCUCGAGUUCCUCUCCGUAAAAGGGAUAUACAAUGAAAAGGAACUACUACAAGGAAAACUGGAGCUUCUUGAUGACACCAACAUGGUGGACUUUGCUAUGGAUGUCUACAGAAAUCUUUAUUCUGAUGAUAUUCCCCAGGCCUUACGUGAGAAGAGAAACACAGUAGUUGCACAGCUACAGUUGCUUCAGGAAGAAAUGGAUCCCAUUGUUAAGAUGUUUGAAGACAAAGAAACCACACUUCAAAUGCAGUCCACCAGGGAUGGUCGGGUGCUAUUUGACUACUUAGCUGAGAAGCAUGGAUUUAGGCAAGAAUAUCUAGAUAGCCUUUAUAGAUUCGCAAAAUUCCAGUAUAAAUGUGGUAAUUAUACAGCAGCAUCAGAAUAUCUAUACUUGUUUAGAGUAUUGGUUCCAUCAACAGAUAGAAAUGCUUUGAGCUCACUCUGGGGAAAGCUGGCAUCUGGAAUUCUGAUGCAGGACUGGGAUGCUGCCAUGGAAGACCUUACAAGGUUGAAAGAGACAAUUGAUAAUAGUUCUGUCAGCUCUCCACUCCAGGCUCUUCAGCAGAGAACAUGGCUUAUUCACUGGUCCCUCUUUGUUUUCUUCAACCAUAUUAAAGGCAGAGAUAAUAUCAUUGAUCUCUUCCUCUACCAGCCUCAAUAUAUUAAUGCAAUCCAGACAAUGUGCCCACAUAUUCUUCGAUACCUGACUACAGCUGUGAUAACAAAUAAAGAUGCUAGAAAACGAAGGCAGGUAUUGAAGGACUUAGUCAAGGUUAUUCAGCAGGAAUCUUACACUUACAAGGAUCCAAUUACUGAAUUUGUAGAAUGUUUGUAUGUAAACGUUGACUUUGAUGGAGCUCAAAAAAAGCUGAGAGAAUGUGAAUUGGUUCUUGUGAAUGACUUCUUUUUGGUGGCCUGUCUUGAAGACUUCAUUGAGAAUGCACGACUCUUUGUGUUUGAGACUUUCUGUAGGAUACACCAAUGUAUCAGCAUAAAUAUGUUGGCAGAUAAAUUAAAUAUGACACCUGAAGAAGCUGAGCGAUGGAUUGUGAAUUUAAUCCGAAAUGCAAGGCUAGAUGCCAAAAUAGAUUCAAAAUUGGGUCAUGUGGUUAUGGGGAACAAUGCAGUAUCUCCUUAUCAGCAAGUGAUUGAAAAAACCAAAAGCUUGUCUUUCCGGAGUCAAAUGCUGGCUAUGAAUAUUGAGAAAAAACUAAACCAAGGCAGCAGGGCUGAGGCACCUAACUGGGCUACUCAAGAUUCCAGCUUCUACUGAAAUGUUUCCAAAAGCGCAAAAAAAAAAAAAAAAAGUUCAUUUGAUAAAGAUUUAAAUUAUGUGCUGUUUUGAAAAGGUGAUAAUUAUGUGGACUUUACAGUACAUAUUAAUCAGAAUAAAACUGGCUACUU